CCGCCCGGGCCUCGACGGUGGGGACUGAUCUGGCACCUUGGCGUGGGCCCGUCUCCCGGCCUGUCCGCCCUUUUCCAUUCCCCUCUUCCACAUUUCCCACAAGCUCCACUGUCAAGACAUCCAUCAUGAUCCAGACCCUCCUCAUUAGCGCCCUUAUUGAGAACGGCCAGAACCUUCGCAUCCCCAACGACUACACCUGGAAGUUCACUCUCGAGUGCAGCAACUGCCGCGAGCGGUCCCCCAAGCCUGUGGUCUUCAACGGCAUCGACAAGGACUCCCCCGGUGACAAUGAUCGCGUCAGCGUCAACUUCUACAUGACCUGCAAGGGCUGCCGUCGUCAGGCUACCAUCGAUGUCCUUCGCAUCAACAUCACCGAGAUCACCGGCACCUCGCCCGAGCUGGUCCCCUUCGCCACUUUCGAGUGCCGCAACACCAGCCUCGUGGAGUUCUUCCCUUCGGACGAGUUCGAGAUCACCUCCACCGAGUCGGACACCAUCUUCAAGGAGGUCGACCCUUCGGACGAGUGGGCCGACUACGAUGAGAAGGGCCAGGUUUCCGUCUCCAUCGAGGAGUUCAACUACAAGCUGGAUUGAGAUGGCCGCAUCACCUGCAUGCAUGGCAGCCUCCGGCUGAUGGGCCGGAGGACGGACACCGUGUCAAUACAUGUGCGUGUGAGCACACGUCGGCCUCUUGUUUGGCGCGGUGGUGCAACACCAGCCCAUCCAGCAAUAGGAGACAAGCACCCGC